AUACCACAUCUCUCGCUCUCGCUCUUUCUCACGCGCGCGGCCUCGGGGGCCGAUGCGGCAAAGUUAUAACGGCCGUCUGCAUACACAUAUAACACGUAUGCCGUGACGCCGCCGCCGCCGCUGCCACUGCCUGUUGUUGUAUCUACACAUAGGCUGUCUCUCCGCUAUAUAUAUAUAUAUAUUUUAGCGAAAUUUUAAACGCCCAAGCCUAUAUACACGAGCAGCGGGCCGUGUUUCGCAGUCAGUAUAGUAGCCUUAGUAUAGAUCAACGCGCGUUCUCCAAUCGAUUUCGCGUAUCGAUAUACCCGCCACCAGGUAUACGCAUAUCACAGUCAUGCGGACUGUAUUUGCGUGUCGCGCUUUUGUUUAAACGCGUGUGUUGUGUAUACGGUGUUGUUGUUCGUUAAAAAUUAAGAGUACUCGCGCGCGUGUACAUAUGCGUGCGUUUUAUUAAUGUGCAGUGCCAUCGAUUCGAUUGAAGGUUAUUACAGUCGAGAAAGCGACCGUUGGCAGUACCAGGUGUACCCAACGCUGUCGUCGUUGUUGUUGUUAUUAUUAUUGCCAUCGCGUACGUUGUAAACGUCGAGAUCGCAAACAAAACAAAAAAAAAGAAGUGCCAUGUCGGACCUCAUCAUCUUCGAGAGCCCGAGUCCCAGCAGCAGCGGUGGCAGCAGCAGCGGCAACUCGGACGUAUGCGAGCAGCAGCGUCGUCGUUGUCAUAAUCAGCCGGGCCAUCUUGCCUCGCCGCUCAUCCCGGCGCCAACGUUGGUCCUCGCCGCGGCGCCUAACGACCUUAAAGACGACACGUCGUCGGACUUGAUCCUGCGCCGCAGCAUCGGCGAGAACAAUCCCUUCGACGUAGUCUCGCGCAAGGCCAACGACUACGAGCGCAAUCGCGACGAUCCCUUCGAGCGGGUUAUGUCGGCGGCCGCGGAGGGCGAAUCUUUCGGCUGCGCCGCCGGUGGUGGUAGCAGCAGCAGCAGCCACUUGUACGAUGAUUCGAGCAACAGCUCCUCGCUGCCGAAACGUCCGAAACUCGUUGCCGCGUCCAGAAGACGCGAUAGCUUGGUUCCCGAACUGGGCGACAGUAAUCACGAUGACGAUGAUCAUGAUGAUGAUGUCGAAGACGAUGAUGCCACGAACUCGGUGCCCGUUAUAACGCUGUCCUCGUCGUCGGAGGCUGCGGAGAUGUCAAUUUUGAGCAUUUCGGCCAUGAACGACUCGCUCACGGAUUCCAAUGAGACCAAUUUGCCAUUAGCCGAACAAAGACUCAGAGUCAAAUGUGAUAUAGAUCCUUCUCUUAGUCCAAGAAAGUCGCCCCUAAAUAAGCCUAAAAGGUCGCCAUUAAUUGAUAGCUCUCUUAGAAGUAAUAUAUUUAAGGAGGAUAAGAAGCAACGCUCGCAUUCCAGCAGCAGUAUGUUCGAUGAUCCUUUACCGCUAGCUUUGAGGAAGUGUAACAUAAAUAGCAAUGCCAGGUCUUGCGACAGCUUAAACAUGCCAUCUGAUAGUAGUACAAGAUUCGAGAGAACAAACAAUAAUAGUUCUGUUUUUUUGGGUACAUCAGACAUCUCAAGUAUUCAAAACAGUUCUUCUGUGGCCAAUAAUUCAACAAAUAAAUCAAAAGACAUAUCUGAUGUGAUCAAAAGAUUUCAUAAAAUCAAAGCCAGAAUGUCUACAAGUUUAAUAGAGCCUGAAAAAAGUACAAAAAAAGAAAUAAAUCAAAUUAAAAAUAAAUCUUUGAAUUUAAAGUCAAAAAAAUCUUCACUGUGUGCCAUCAAAAAUCUCAUUGAUGUAGACAGUCCUCCUCAAGAAACAGCAGGAGUUGAUAAAAUUAUUAUUAAUGAGGCUAGAGCUAUUGCACGGUCUUUAGAAGAAUCAUCUAGGAAAGAAGCAAAUGCUGAUGAUAACUGGCUUUUAUCAAAAAUGCAUUUCAACUUUGAUCAUUUACCAGAUUCUGAUGAUGAGACGGUAGACAAUUUAAUUGAAUUAUCACAUUCAUCUUUAAAAGAAUCUGAACUCUCAAAAGAAAAUAAAUCAAUUAAAGUUACCAAGUCAGAAAUCAAACCAGAAAUCGAUAUCAAAACUUUAGAAACUGAAUUAAUUAGUCCAAAAAAAGACGUUGAUCAAAUAGCCAGUGCUGCUGAACAUCUAUUCGAAAUUGAAAAAAUUGUUCAAAAGCAUAAAACACCAGAUGCACAACGUGUUAUGCAUAAAUUGCAUGAUAUACAAAAGUUUUUGGGUGUUGAAUGUGAUAACAAUACAAAAACAUUAAAUUUGUUUUUGCACAGUCAUAACAAGGAAAGCACAGAUGAGAAUAAAGAAAAUAGAAGUCCCAAUUCAAAUGAAAGUUGCAUUGUAUUCAAUCACAGAACCACGAGACCUGAGGUACAACCAACGGUAGGUCUUGUACCAAAAUUACGUAAGAAAUCUAAUUCAGAAAUUGUUUCUAAGAAAGGUCCACUUAAAGCUGUGAUACCACUUGGGUCUAUGCACAAAGUCAACAAACAAAUGAAAGUAUCAGGAGUAUUAGUGACACCAACUAAAUCAAAAAGUAUACCUCGAUUUUCUGGUGGUGCACUAAACAUGAGUAAUUCUAAAAAAUCAAAACCAAAUGCUUCUUCAACACCUAAUAGAGAAAUUUUGAGGUCACAGCGUAUUUUGACUGAAAAACAUUUCAAUAGUCAGAAAAAUAUAUCUCCAUUGAAUAUAUCUCCCGUUUUACAUAAAUCUAAUCAAUCAAAGUUGAUCCCAGUCAAGAGGCACAGCGAAUGGUUAGAUAAGAAGAUGUCUCCUCAGAAGCGUAUAACAACACCAACAAAAAAGCCAAGAGAAAAUUUUGUGAACUCAAAACUAAUUAGAUACUCACCCAUGAGUCCAUUAAGAAACUAAGUGAAUAGCAUUGACGCUAAAAUGAAGAGCAUGAUUGAUUUAAGUUUUUAUACAUAAUAUAAGUGUUAGUUUUAUUGCUCGAGUAAUAAUUUAUAAAUUCCAAUACUAUAAGUUUAGUGUACAUUUU